AUGGCAGCAUCCUCUGUGGAGUAUACUGUCGGGGGGGUGAAGAUCCACUUUCCCUGCAAGGCUUACCCAUCCCAGCUGGCCAUGAUGAACUCGAUAAUAAGAGGGUUGAACUACGGUCAGCACUGUUUGCUGGAGAGUCCCACAGGCAGUGGAAAAAGUCUGGCCUUACUCUGCUCCACUUUGGGCUGGCAGCAAACUCAGCUUGCUAAACUACAGGAACAAGGUGGUUCCAUGGGAGACAGGAGCCCGUCAGAUAAAACCUCAGAUGACUGUAAGAAGAUAGAAGCUCCCAACUCGUGUCGGUGUGUGUGUCACAGCAAAGCAGCUGGCCAACCAGCUGUUAUGGAUCUCACCGUGCUGCCAUGCCAAGAUACUGCGCAGACCUCAACCACACAACCAGACCUUGUUCCAUUACCAGAAACGUCUCAAAAGGAAACAACUAUAGUCUCUCGUAGGUCUGAAAAGUGUCAAGCUUUUUUGAGUUCUCAUUGUGACAAGGAUGAUGACUUUCGAACAGACAGGAAACGUACUGCCAAGCACAAGAGUCAUAAAAGGCAGCGUCUCCAGAAAGGAGUUAUCUUUAUAGAUGAUCAUGAACCUGAGCUGGAAAAGGAGACAUCAGGUCUUGAGAGUUGGAGUGCAGCAUCAGAAGUCCAGACAGAUGGUUUGUCCUCAUCUUGCCAUGUCUCUGAACCCUGCACCUAUUGUCCGUGUGCAUCAGCCAAAGACAAUGUGAAGGACAAAGACAACGAUGGCAGGAAGAGGAUUCCAAAGAUUUUUUUUGGAACACGCACACAUAAACAAAUAACUCAAAUUGCACAUGAAUUAAAACGCACAGCUUACACUGGCGUUAAAAUGACUAUCUUGUCCAGCAGAGAGCACACCUGUGUCAAUCCAGAUGUGGUGCCUCAUUUCAACCGCAAUGAGCGAUGCAAGGAUCUACUUGAAGCCAAAGAUGGAAUGUCAUGCCGGUACUACCACCGUGUUCAGAAGAUGCGGGACCAGCACAUCCUACAAUGGGUUCAUGGACUACGUGAAGCGUGGGACAUUGAGGACCUGGUCUCUCUAGGAAAACGGCUCCACUCAUGCUCUUACUAUGCUGCUCGCGAACUUGUGCAGGGGGCCUCUAUCAUCUUUUGUCCCUAUAACUAUCUCCUGGACCCAAUGAUCAGGGACAGUCUGGAGAUUGACCUGGCAGGCCAGAUCUUGGUGCUGGAUGAGGCCCACAACAUUGAAGACUGUGCGAGGGAGAGCGCCAGCUUCACUGUAGAUCACAACACUUUGCAGGUGUCCAUAGAUGAUCUGGAUGGCAUGGUCAACAGCAACAUUAGACGCUCCAAGCAUUUGCCUCUUAGAGACUUUUGCUAUGUCUUAUUUAAUUGGAUUCAAGAGAGCCAAGUCUUACUAUCUGAACGUGCAUAUGAGAUUGCCAGCAAAGUUUGGGGUGGAAAGGAUAUUCUAAGCAUCUUUCAUAGCUUUGGCAUCACUGCAGACAGCGUACACAUCUUGGAGCAAAAUCUGACAGAAGUGUUAGAGAAAGAAGAGCAUGUUGGUUCAGUCGGUGGUAAGGAGGACACAGUGCAGUUCCCAACCAUAAACUCAUCUACCUCUACUAUGCUCAAAAAUCUAUUCAUGGUUCUGGAUUUCCUCUACAUGGAGAACAGCCGGUUUGCCGACGAUUACCGCAUAGCUUUGCAGAGGACCUACACUUGGACAAAUCAAGUCCCGCCUGAUGUCACUGAUGCCCAAGGCUUUUUCAUUCGGCCACGUCCUCGUCAUCGUCAGAAUGUGCGGCUCAAGAAAGAAGUCCUAACAUUGAGUUUCUGGUGCCUCAACCCAGCUGUGGCUUUCUCUAACUUGAGUAAGUCGGUGCACAGCAUUGUAUUAACAUCAGGAACCCUUUCACCCAUGGACUCGUUUUCCUCUGAACUUGAUGUGAAAUUCACCAUUCAGCUGGAGGCUAAUCAUGUGGUCAACCAAUCUCAGGUUUGGGUGGGUACUGUUUGUUCAGGGCCCCAAGGUCGACAACUCCGUGCCACCUUUCAGCAUGCUGAAACGUAUGCUUUUCAGGAUGAGGUGGGCGCCUUGCUGCUGCACAUCUGCCAGGUCAUGGCCAAGGGUGUGCUCUGCUUUCUGCCUUCCUACAAGAUGAUGGACAAACUGCGAGACCGUUGGGUCAACACUGGUCUGUGGGAAAAGCUGGAACAACAGAAAACUGUCAUCACAGAGCCUCAUGGGAGUGGCAAAGGAGAUUUUAAUGAGCUGCUUCAGAUAUACUACGACACUAUUAAACACUGCGAAGGGACAGGUGGUGCACUGCUUAUUGCUGUGUGCAGGGGUAAGGUCAGCGAAGGCCUGGACUUUACAGAUGACAAUGCCAGAGCAGUGGUCACUAUUGGAAUUCCAUUUCCAAACAUCAAAGACCUCCAGGUGGAACUGAAGAUGAAGUACAAUGACCAGCACUGCAAGUCCAGAGGUCUUCUUCCUGGCCAUCGCUGGUAUGAGAUUCAGGCCUACAGAGCUCUCAACCAGGCCCUGGGGAGAUGCAUCCGCCACAGGAAUGACUGGGGUGCCCUCAUUCUUGUAGAUGACCGGUACAGGAAUAAUCCUAAUAAGUACAUCACAGGUUUGUCUAAAUGGGUCCGUCAGCUUGUCCAGUAUCCCAACAGCUUCGACGAUGCCAUGAAGUCUCUGGUAGCGUUCUCUCAGAGGCAGCAGAAGGUGGAGGGGGCCCCUGCUGACAACCAGACUCUCAGCAUUGUUGGCUUAUCAACCAGGAACCAAAGCCUGACCAAAGCUCCAGAGGUUCAUACAUGCAGCUCCAGUGACAAACCACCUGAAGCCCAGCAGGACAGAAGUACACAACUGAACGCCAAACACAAUAAAGAAGCAGAGCCAUCGAAGAUGCUGCAGUUCGGCCCAGCAAAGCUCCCGUCUGAUCAGCGUGGAGCCGCUCAGCCUUUGUUUAGCCUUUUCACCUGCAGCCGCAGCACCAAGUUCAAGAAGCCAAUAUUUAAAGCACAUGAGACAACACAGAUGUCCCCUCCACUGCUGAAUCCUGAGGCACUUUGCCCCGAGCAGACCAUCCGAAACAUUCCUAGUGAAACCAGAAGAGAAUCAAAAAAUCCCCCGACAAACUCCCCCAGCUGUGAAGGUGAUGAAGAAGAGGACAAAAGUUUUUUUUUUACUCCAGAACUUUUUGAAGGUGAAAAAAAUCUAGAUAGUCCACAAAAAGAGAACUCUGAGUCAACUCCCAGAUUUGUCCCAAAGACAGAGAGUUCACCGCCCCUGUCAGAGGAGUUGUUCGGGUCAGACCAGGACAGCAGGUCAGCCAUCCCUUUGGAUGGACAGGGUUCUGUUUCAGUCAGAAAGGAGCUGUCACAGAAACAGGAAGAACAAAAAGCAGAUGAGAAAGCAGGGGGACAUGAGGUCCAGAGCAGACAGACCAGAAAAAGACUUCACAGGCUGUCCAGGUCCAGACAGAGGUCUCCCCUCACUCAGGCAAGUCACGACAAAACUCAACACAAAAUAGUGUAGACAAGGUAGACCAUA